AUGCCCGAGAGCAAGACAAUGGAAAACAAAACAUGCCGGUGUCUUGGCUACAAGCAAGAGGAAAUCGAUGAAGCUGCCUAUUACUGGAUGACUGUUAGAGUUGAGGUGACUGGAGUUCCACAGACAGAGUUAAACGUGUCUGCUUGGCUGAACAAUGUGUUCCAGACUCAGCUGAGCAGCUGUCCUUCCCCGGCUUCUCUAAAGACAGACUGUGUAGUCCUGCUGAAAGUGAGUCAGCCUGUUCAGGCCUGCUGCAUCCGCGACAGCGUAGUGAAGAGAGGAGUGACCUCCAUCUUCCGCGGCGUGGUUGUCCAUGACAGAGUCGACACAGUGGCAAAGGGCCUGUGUAACUCAGUCAACCCGGUCCCCAGCUUGUGCAACAGCUCUUCUCCCCUCUCAGAUGUCUGCAGUGCCAACAGCACUCUCGCCUGCCUGCAGAACUGCAUAGUGGUGAUCAGGCUGAAACAGCAGGUGGAUUUAUGUGCUGUCAGUCAAGCGUUAAGAGAAGCCCUCGUGAACAGGCCUGGGAUCACCUCAGACUGGAAGGUCGAAAGAGCAGCGAUAUGCGGCUGGACAGGCGGUUUGACACAAGACCCUUUUAAGUCCAAUCUGACUGUGAUAUCUGUGAGCAUCAGUAACUCUCAGCUCUGUGAGAUUACUGACCCCAGUGUUCUGGACCUGGCCAAAUGUAAAAAUGGAAGCGGUGUUGUUGUGCUUCUGAGCGACAGCUGUGAACAUGACCUCACAACAACCGUUCCUCCUACAACCACUCUCAACGCCACCAUGAGCAUCACAACCACAGAACCAGAGAAUAACACAAUGACAGUUAAUUCAACCACCGUUCACCUCACCACUGCCCAAAACUCCACGCCGCUCACCGCAAACCACUCCACCACGGCUAACAUGUCAACGUUCUCUCCUCACACAACAAGAGAGCCAACAACCACCACUUACACCACGCCAGAACCAACAACCACCUCCUACACGACGGAGACUUCAACAUCAACAAGCACGGUCUUCUCCACCACGGCAGUGCCUCUGGAGGACCAGCUGCUUGAGCUGAGCUCGAGAGCGGCGUCCUUGAAUUCCUCAGAGAUCGAGGAGCUGGUCUCUGAACUGGAGGAGCUGCUGAAAGGGCCAAACAUUACUGUCGAACAAGGGCAAAUCAUUAUCAACAUCGUCAGCAACCUGCUCAAUGCCUCCGCUGACGCACUGGCUGCCUCCUCCCGCAGGAUCAUUGGUAUUGUGGACACUGUUGGUCUGAAGCUGAUUGUUCAGGACCAGAGCGAAACUCUUCUCGCCGACUCUCUCGCUCUCGCUGUGAAUCGAGUAGAUGGUACACAGUUCCAGCAGUUGUCUUUCUCCAUCACAGACCCCUCCAAUGUGCAGAUCAGCGGUGGUUCCAGACGGAGAAGGAGCACUGAGACCCAGGUUCCACAAGGUUCUAUCACACUUCCCUCCUCCCUAACUGAAAACCUCUCCCCUGAGGAGCAGGCGCUGGCCUCCAGGGCACAGUUCAAUUUCUACCAGACGAGCGUCCUCUUCCAGGACAAAGCAUUGGGAGAGCGUAAGGUGAUUAGUGGCAUUCUGGGAACCAGUGUGGCCAACCUGUCAAUCAGUGGGCUAACAGAGGACAUAAUCAUCACCCUCAGGCACACUGAGCCCAUUCUGGAGAAUUAUUCAUCUCUCUGUGUGUUCUGGGAUUUCAGUCUAAAUAAUGGUUCUGGAGGCUGGAGCUCUGAUAACUGCACGGUGAGGAACAGCACAGCCAAUCAGACAGUGUGUGGGUGUGGCCAUCUCACUAGUUUUGGCAUACUGCUGGAUAUCUCCAGAGAAGGCGUGACCAGCCGUCUGCAGUCAAUCAUUCUUACCUACAUCACCUAUAUCGGCUGUGGCAUCUCUGCCAUCUUUCUCUCCGUCACUCUGCUCACUUACCUGGCCUUUGGGAAACUCCGGAAGGACAUUCCGUCCAAGAUCCUGAUCCAGUUGUGUUUGGCUCUCCUCAUGCUGAACCUGGUCUUCCUGCUGGACGCGUGGCUGGCCCUGUACAAAGACGCAGUGGGGCUCUGCAUCUCCACUGCCUUCUUCCUGCACUACUUCCUGCUGGCUUCCUUCACGUGGAUGGCCCUGGAAGCCGUCCACAUGUACCUGGCCCUUGUCAAAGUCUUCAACACCUACGUGUCCCGUUACAUGCUCAAGUUUGGAUUGGCUGGCUGGGGCAUUCCACUCAUUGUGGUCAUCAUCGUCAUAGCUGUCGACAAAGACAACUACGGUCUCGUCUCCUACGGGAAAUUUAGUGAUGGAACCACUGAUGAAUUCUGCUGGCUGAGGAGUGAUGUGGCGUUUUACGUUGCGGUGGUGGCCUACUUCUGCGCGGUCUUCCUGCUCAACCUGGCCAUGUUCGUGGUGGUGAUGGUGCAGCUCUGUCGUAUAAAGAGACAAAACCCGCACAACGUCCAGCACCGCAGCGGCCUGCAGGACGCACGCAGCGUGGCCGGGCUCACCGUGCUCCUGGGCCUCACCUGGGGCUUCGCCUUCUUCGCCUGGGGGCCCGUCAACCUGGCCUUCAUGUACCUGUUCGCCAUCUUUAACACGCUUCAAGGAUUCUUCAUCUUUGUCUUCCACUGUGCCGUGAAGGAGAACGUCAGGAAGCAGUGGAGAGCAUAUUUGUGUUGUGGCAAACUCAGACUCCCCGAGAACUCAGAAUGGAGUCGCACCGCCACUCAAAAAACGGCGAAGAAGACCUCGAUGUUUAAAAUCUCCGCCUACAGUUCCUCCAACUCAUCACGCUCCAACAACUCCUCCACCUCCACCACCUAUCUCGUCAGCAGCGGUUCCGACAGUCCUAGCAAUCGCUUGUACAACGGCACAGUAAACCCGGUCAUGCAGGAUCCAAGCCCAGAUGUGGUCCAGAACGCGAUCAUCAGCCAAAACGCCAGCCGCAGAGCGCACUGA